CUAGAUGUCAAUUUGCACCAGUAUGGUCUGCUUGUAGACAUCCAAUCUAUAAAUUAUUGGAAGUAUCACAUGAAGCACUUUUGUCACGCCUUGAUGAAAUAUUAGAAGAAUUCAAUAAAUCAUUAAAAUCUAUGAUUCCUCCGGUACCUUCUCAACAUCAUUGGGAAAUUGCAGCAAGAAAUUGCAAAAAUUUCAUGAAG